UGCACUACUCACGUCGACCACUAACCUCCAAAUAAUCUGUUCGAAAACAUUGUGAGUAUGCUGCAGAAGUGAACUGUUUUAACUGGUUAAAAUAAGCAGAGAAAAUAUGUCCGAAACAACGAUAGUUGUGAAAGCGAAGCCCCAAAGGAAAGUCUUUAAAGCAACCAAGGUAACAAAAGUGCCAGAAAGUCUGCUUAAAGACCCCAAGCUUCAGGAAGCUACAGCUUUGUUGCCUAAAAAUUACAACUUUGAAUUGCCAAAAACCAUAUGGAGAAUCAAAGAGCUAAAGGCCCAAGUUGUGGCUUUGCAGAUGCCUGAGGGGCUGCUGUUAUUCGCCACUACUAUAGCAGAUAUUAUUAAGGAAUUCACUAAUGCCGAUUCCAUUAUAAUGGGAGAUGUGACCUAUGGAGCUUGUUGUAUAGACGAUUUGACUGCUAAGGCUUUAGGAGUUGAAUUGUUAAUACAUUACGGACAUAGCUGCUUAGUUCCUAUAGAUCCCACGAGUGGAAUUAAAAUGCUGUAUGUAUUUGUGGACAUAAAGAUCGACCCACUGCAUUUCAUAGACACGAUAAAAAUGAAUUUCCCCAAAGAGAAAAAAAUGGGUCUAGUCAGCACCAUACAGUUCGUAACGACGUUGCAAGUAGUGCACAAAAUGUUAGCUGAAGAAGGAUAUAAUAACGUUUCAAUUCCUCAAUUCAAGCCAUUGUCGCCAGGAGAGAUAUUAGGAUGUACCGCGCCAGUACUUAAAUGUUGCGAAACAUUAAUUUACUUAGGAGAUGGGCAGUUUCAUUUAGAAGCGGCUAUGAUAGCCAAUCCCAAAGUGCAGGCUUUCAAGUAUGACCCAUACAGUAAAAAGUUUACGUAUGAGAAUUAUAAUCAUAGUGAAAUGGAAGAAAUUAGGAAAAAUUGCAUAGAGAAGGCAAAACACGCAGGCACGUUUGGAGUUAUUAUGGGAACGUUAGGCCGCCAAGGUAGCCCCAAAGUAGUUCAGCACCUAAGUAAACGUCUAAGUGAUGUGGGAAAAACAUCAGUAAUCAUUCUCUUAUCGGAAAUAUUUCCAAAGAAAAUCGACCUGUUUCCAAAACUAGACGCAUUCGUACAAAUUGCAUGCCCCAGACUGUCGAUUGAUUGGGGUACAGCAUUUUCCAAACCAUUUCUCACGCCUUAUGAAUUGGCAAUCACCAUUGGAGAUGCUCAAUGGCACAAAGAGAACAAGAGUUACCCAAUGGACUUUUAUGCAAACGCCAGUCUAGGCCCAUGGACUCCAAACCAUAAGCCUGAAGAAGUCAGCCUCAAUGCUUGUUGCGGAAAAUGCUUGUGAUUCCAUUAAAAUACUGUGCCACUACAAACUGAUUGUAUAGUUUCGUUGAAAAUAUUCUGGGAUCUAUUGAAUCUAUGUAAGUAAUAAUUUAUUAUUACAAUUAGGUUUUAUUAUUUUGUAAAAGUUUAAUUUCACCAAAUUAUACAGGGUGUUAGCUAGGACAAUUUUUGUUGGUUUGUAGAACCUCGCAAAUGUGUUGAAUAUUGAAUUAAAGAAAGAGAAAAUGGA